AUGGAGAAAACGACCUCCCCUCGGUUCAAUGUCCGCACCGCAGACUGGGACUUGUUCCGCAGCACUCUCGCGGCGGAAGUUGGUGGCAUUCCCGAAACUGAUAUAAACUGCAUGGCAGAGGGUAUUGACCGCGCAAUAAAACUUGCUGCAAAUCGUUCAAUGGAAAAAUGUAGGUCCGGAAACCCGUUGGGCAAAAAUAUCUGGUGGUCACCCGAGCUCUCGACUCUGAGACGGGACUUGACCCGAGCCAGGCGACAAGGCCUUAGAGCGCAAGACCGGCCUGUGUACAACGCCAUGCGAAACAACUUUCUAACAGAAAUAAGAAAACAAAAAAUGGCCGCUUGGAAAGUGUUCGCCAAUGACAUAAAUGAAAAACAGUGGGGCAAGGCCUUCAAAUGGGCGAAGAGCGGCAGUAAAAGGGAUAACUCCGUUCCUAGCACCCUAAUUCGCCCAGAUGGCAACAGCACGAGAGACUGCCGUGAAACAGCGGAGCUCAUAUUGAACACGUUUGUACCCUCGGACCCUGACCAGGGUGUCUGGCAACACAUCGGCCCUCUGGAAGUUAAGGAAAGACCCGAUCCUACUGAUAUCAAAGCGGCCAUUUGGCGAAUAAAGCCCUCCAGUGCACCGGGAGUUGAUGGUAUAACGGCAGGGAUGCUAAGAAAGGCCUGGCAAGUUCUCUGGGGGCCGAUCACCGACCUGUUCGGAAGAUGUUUAUCAGAAGGUAAAUUUCCUGAGCCAUGGAAAAAGGCCAGACUGGUGAUUAUUCCCAAGCCCGGCGGUGGUGAGAAGGACAGACCUAAGUCCUACAGGCCGAUAAGCCUCCUUCCAGUAUUGGGCAAAGCACUGGAAACUUUAAUAAUAAAGGCAAUCGACACAGAGACGAACCUUAACUCGUUCAUUGAGCAACACGGGUUCACCAUCGGCAAAUCCACGUCCACUGCCAUUAAAAAUCUAUACACGUGGGUCGAUGCCUCCAAGGCUAGGCACGUUUUCGGGACUUUCCUUGAUAUAGCAGGUGCAUUCGACAAUGUCAAGUGGGCUCCGCUACUUGAACAACUGAGGACGUUGGGUGCGUCACUAAACACCCUUAGCAUCGUAAACUCGUACCUGACAAACAGGUGGGCCAAUUACGAGUUGGAAAAUGUACAUUAUAGCAAAAAGCUAGAAAGGGGCUGCCCGCAGGGAUCCCAGCUAGGGCCCACGCUGUGGAAAGUGGCCAUUACCCCCAUAUAUAGCACGGCCAAGGGUGCCACAAUGAAAAUAAUAACAUAUGCGGACGACAUACUAUUAUUGGUCGGAGCCGUGAGACCACCCACUGCCUUCAAAAGGAUCGAAGGUGCACUCGACCUUCUGUCAAGUUGGGCAUCGUUGUAUGCGUUGGAAUUCUCGGCCAGCAAAAGCCAACUGUUGUCAAUAAAAGGCGGCCUCAAACCGGGAUACUCCGUCGGCUUUGGUACAGCGCCUGACGCCGCCAGAAUCGAAUCGACUGCAACGGCGAAAUAUUUGGGUGUCAUCCUGGAUCCCAGGCGGAGUUACUGGGCUCACAUAGAGGCCAUCAGCAAAAAGUCAAAAGAUAUGUAUAGGCGACUAAGGGCACUCAGGUCGGCAAACUGGGGACUUAGCCGGACCACAGCACGCAUCAUUUACAAAGGCGUUUUCUUGCCCAGAAUAACUUAUGCGGCUGAGGCGUGGAAGGACGGCACAAAGUUAGUAAAAAGCCAGAAGGUGCUAAACAGCGCACAGAGAGCUAGCCAUUACAAGCGCAUACAAGACGGCUUCAACGAACUGCCUUGCAGUGGUUGCGGGUACAUUACCACUUGA